UCUCGAUGCUUUUGUAAUAUUUACUGGCGGGAAGCUUUGGUGGUUACACACAGCAAACGACACGGAGCAGAGUGGUCCAGUGUUCAGUCCACUCACAAUGUCCCGCAUUCUUAACGGUAUCGUGGCGGUGUGUCCGGACCUGGGCAUUGGAUACAAUGGAAACCUGCCGUGGCAUCCUGUUCGACUCAGUAACGAAUUCAAACAUUUCCGAAAGAUGACAGCGACUUCAUCUGCGACAGGAAAGCAGAAUGUGGUGAUCAUGGGCAGGAAGACGUGGUUUUCCAUCCCAGAGAAGAACAGACCUUUGAACAACAGGAUCAACAUCGUCCUCAGCAGAGAGUGCAAAGCGCCCCCUGCAGGAGCACACCACUUAGCAGCAGACUUCAGCUCAGCUCUGAGGCUGGUGGAGUCGGAGCUGGCAGACCAGGCUGACCAGGUGUGGAUUAUAGGAGGCAGCUCUCUCUACAAGGAGCUGAUGGAGCGCCCGGGGACCAAGAGACUGUUUGUCACGCGAAUCCUGAAGCAGUUUGACUGUGACACGUUCCUCCCUCAAAUCAGUCCAGGAAAAUAUCAUCUACUGCCAGAGUUUCCGGGAGUGCCACAGGAGCUGCAGGAGGAGAAUGGUAUCCAGUACAGAUUUGAAGUCUAUGAAAGCACAGAUCAAUGUGGAGGACAACAAGGAGAAAAAAAAACAUCCUUGUGAUUUUGUAAAUGGACACUGCAACAUUGUAAAUGCUGGAUUUUUUUUUUUCAUUUUUACAGUUGGGUGGUGUCAUACCAAUAAACACAGAUAUCAAUGAUUUCCUGCUAUAUA